ACAGAGGGCUUGACCUUUGCCAGGCAGGUAGAAGAGGACUAGACUUAGCAGAAGGCAGUAGGCAGUAGGCCCUGCGCUGGGCCUGGCAAACCUGGCUGCUAUCUCCAGGUUCUGCACAGGGUGCCUGCUAGCCCACUCUCCUCCUCUGGGCCAAUCACAGAAUAAACAGGGAAGAAACCAAGAGGUGGAUGAACAUAGCUGGACAGGGAGGCAGAGGACAUAUAGUGCCACUUCAGGGACAAGAAGGAAGACAGUCAAUACCUCUUUUCUGACACCAGGCAGAUCUCAUUGCUAAAUCUCUGGGAGACUGACAUAACCUCUGACCCUUUCAGAGGAACAACAAGGACAAGGUGAUGCAGGAAAGGCUGCUGGCACCACCAAGCCAUAUCCCACAGAUAGCAAUGAAAUAAUACAGAGUGGACCAGAACCAACCCAGAAAGAGACACAUGGUGAGAAUUCAGCACAACCUGGAGGAAAGCUAGGAUUUCUAGUCGUGUGGUGCUUCAUGGACUCUACCCUGCAGAUACCAGCCAGGUCCAGUUGCAUCAGGGUGGUAGGAGAUGCACCCCCUUUCUGCACAUCCUGUUUUCUGCUAAUGGUUUCCAGGUAUAUCUUGUCCAGCUCAUAGCCCACAACCCAGGAAGGAGGCCCAUGUCUUCCGCUGCCCGCUGAGCCUCAGGAGUUAAUAAUUAAGGGUUUAAGAAGAUAGAAGCCCGUCUGGGAGGCCCCGCCCGGCCGCUGUGCUGCUGCUCCUGAGAGAUAGCAAAGGUUUGGGUCCUGUACCUGAGAGGAACUUUAGAGAGGAGACCUGGGAUGCAAACAGCCCACCCCAACAAGACGAGGGCCUCCCUGUGGGCCUCUCUGCUAUCUCAGUCCCCUGGAAAAACCUGGGUUCCAGCAAAGGUAACAGGGAAUCCCCAGGAGGCUUGGUAGAAGCCUCCACUUCCUGGGAGGAGACCCGGGGUGAGGAACACCCAGCAGCUGCUCCACUGGAUGUGUCACGCCUGCGCAGCUCCUCCAUGGAGAUCCGAGAGAAGGGUUCCGAGUUCCUAAAGGAGGAGCUAUACAAAGCCCAGAAGGAGCUGAAGCUAAAGGAUGAAGAGUGUGAACGGCUUUGCAAAGUUCGUGCACAGCUGGAGCAGGAACUGGAGGAGCUGACAGCCAGCCUGUUUGAGGAAGCUCACAAGAUGGUUCGGGAAGCCAACAUGAAGCAGGCAGCAUCAGAAAAGCAGUUGAAGGAGGCUUGGGGCAAGAUCGACAUGCUACAGGCAGAAGUGACAGCCUUGAAGACACUGGUCAUCACAUCCACACCUGCCUCUCCCAACCGUGAGCUCCACCCACAGCUGCUGAGCCCCAACAAGGCCGGACCCCGAAAGGGCCACUCACGCCAAAAGAGCACCAGCAGCUCCCUCUGCCCUGUGGUAUGCCCCACUGCAGGACAUAUCCCCAACCCUGACAAAGAAGGCAAGGAGGUGGAUACAACCCUGUUUGCAGAGUUCCAGGCUUGGAGGACAUCACCUACCCUGGAUAAGAACUGCCCCUUCCUAGAAAGGGUGUACCGGGAGGACGUGGGUCCUUGCCUCGACUUCACAGUGCAGGAGCUCUCAGCUCUGGUUCGGACUGCUGUGGAGGACAACACACUCACCAUUGAGCCCGUGGCUUCACAGACUCUGCCCACUGUGAAGGUGCCCACUGUUGAGUGUAACAACACCAACACAUGUGCUCUGAGUGGACUGGCACGUACCUGCCACCAUCGAAUCCGCCUGGGGGACUCUGACAGCCACUAUUACAUCUCACCGUCCUCCCGGGCCAGGAUCACUGCAGUAUGCAACUUCUUCACCUACAUUCGCUAUAUCCAGCAAGGCCUGGUUCGGCAGGAUGCUGAGCCGAUGUUCUGGGAGAUCAUGAGGCUGCGGAAGGGGAUGUCACUAGCCAAGCUUGGCUUCUUCCCCCAGGAGGCCUAGGGCAUGGCCCCAGGCCUGAAGAAAGCUCUGAGCUAGAGCAAACAGCUGCCUUGGGACAGAUAGACAAGAAAUCCUGGAGCCAGCUCUGAGCCAGAAGCUGAAAGGACAGAUAAACAGUCAGACUGUAGAGACAGUUCUGAGCCAGUACCACUCAUCCCUCCUGGGACAGACAGAGAAGGACAGCCUGGCCUGGACUUCAUGGGAUGACCCUCUUGCCCACUGAGCUCUAUAGCUAACAAGAGAAUCUCAAGAAAGCACCAAAGACCAAGGAGCUUGGAGCAAGGAGCUCAGUCCUAGGGAAAGGGACCCUUGAAUAGCCAGUACCCCGACCACAAUUCCCCUGCUGCUUACCAGUGCUCUCUUGCUGCCACGACUUCAGAAAGGGACUGUUCUAGGGUGGCUGUAUCUCCAGGGUAUACUCUACCACAGCCUCUACGCCCUGGGACACCAGCACCCCCUUGUGGCCAUCUCUCACUCUGUUCCCAAGUGGCCUCAUUAGACUGCCCCAGUGGUAGGGCAAGUGUCUCUAAUCUGAACUAGGUGGAGGGAUAACUGCCCCAAAGUGCUCUGAAGGUGAGUCCGAGAUCCUUCCUCCGUUCUUCUGCACAGAGGCCUCCCCUCUCCCCUUCCUCUCCACUUCAACACCAUCUCCAGGAGGCCAUGUUCCUAAACUCGCCAGGAAGUCUGGAACCUUUCUUCCCAAAGUGUGCCACCAGGGCAGCAGCCUCAGGACUUAACCCUGGGCAGCCAUCCAGACUGCAGGGGCCCUAUAUGUGGGACUGGAUGGAGAGGGCGGGCCAAGCAGGACAUGGACCCUGCCUUAUCCAUCAUAACCCACUGGUAACUGGGCUCGGGGGAUCCAACCUGGACACAUCCCUCACCACGCCCCUAUUUCCUUCAAAUGGAAUGUAACACGAUCUCUAUUUAAUAAAGGAAGGCUUUGUUGGUAGGGGCUAGGCGGCAGUGGCCUUCACUCCUGUGUCCUGGCUCUGGCCAGGGCUUGGGCAUCUGAAGGAAUGAAAUCAAAUCCUUUCCUAACUGGCCUCGUGCUUGGGAUUAAACCCAAAUCCUGAAGCUACCCCCACGGCUACCACCACUUUCUUGCUGUAGGGGGAAGGCUGUUGAAGUUGUCCUUAGCUUUUCAUGGGGCUGUGGGGGAUUGGAAUGAGUUGCCCACUCUCUGAGUUCAGCUUUGAUCUGUGAAUGCCCCAGCCCUCAGAGAUGACCCCAAGUCUACCAGAAGCCUGGGGUCAAAACACCUAGGCCUCCUGGGACUUGGCAGGACAGUACAGAAUUGAUCCAUGCCACCUGUCAUAGGACAGGUGAGGACUUCAGAAGUGCUAGGCAUGACAGACACAAGUGGAAGGAGGUAGGGGUAACCAGGGUCCUGAGAGACCUUGGAGUAGGAAUAAGGAGAUGUCUUGUGGUUCCUGCCCCUGCCCAAUCAGUAGGGCUUUGUGCUUUCUUGGGAGGAGGGUGCAGCAGAUUCUGGGUUGGGUAAGAGGUUGUCAGUAGCCUACAGAAACUUCUCUAUUGUCCUGAGGCCCAGGUGUACUCAGAUGGUAGAUCAGCUGGGGGCUGUCAAGGUCCCUCUGUCAAGGUCCUCUGCCUUCACAUGUUCUCUGACCAGUAGCCUGUUCCCAGGACUCUGCUGCCUCCACUGCCAUUCUGUGUUCUCACAUCUCCUCCCUGCUCCACUGUGACUCAAAUCCUUUGCUGGGUCCCCAGCCCCCAUAGACACCUGGUCACUGACCAGACCCUUGUCAUAUCCACUCAUUCACUAACCGAUACUGGGGUCUCUCUGUGCUGGAUGGACAUUGGCCAUAAUACACAUACCAGUAAUACAUCCAGGUUACUGGAUGGAGGAAAGUAAAACCCAAAAGAUAUCAGGGAAGGACUUGGUAUAUACUGUGUGGGAGCCCCAUGGCAUCCCCUGAUUAUGUCAACCCUUGUUCACCUAGGGUGAACUCUUGAAAACCUGAGCACUGGACUUAAUCAGACCCUAACUUCUGUGCUCUGGGCCCAGCCAUGUGCAGGACCACAGAGACACCAGGAGACACCCCAUGGACCUCUUUAAUUGAUGCAGAAGGGUAAGAGUGUAGAUCAAUGAUAGAGUGCUUAAUUCAAGGCCUGAGGUUUGAUCCCCAGAACCACACACACAAAAGAAACAGAUUGAGGCAGGGCUGGAAUUCUAACCCAGGUUUUCUCUGCUCUACUAUGGAAGUAGCUCAGGGCUUUGACUCUUGGGGCUGACUUGGGAGGUUGACUGUCACACCAGAUGUUCUUAAAUUUUCUAGAUAACCCACUUGGGUUUCUGUGAAUUCUUGGCACAUGGAAAUCCUUUGAGCUCUCCUUGGUCAGCCCUGAGUCUGGCUUCUAGGCAUGGAGACAUUGAACCUGACUAAGCACAUUUACCUGGUGCAGGACCCUGAGAUAUCUUACUUCACCAUCCUGGUGCAGCACCUGAGAUAUCUCACUUCACCAUCUGCCAAACCUGCCCCGAUUUAAAUUCUGCCAGGGCUGUGACCUUGGAGCAAGUUGUUUUUGUGAGUUUUGAAUUGGGGUUAUUAUUUUUCCCCCACAGUCUUCCCUCAUUCAUUCAUUCAUACGUGCUUGCAUUUGGUAUUUGUGAGUUGUGCGUGUGUGAGUGUACAUGUACCAUGGUGCACAUGUCAGAAGACAACUCUGAUAUUGUCUUGUUCCUCAUCUCCCCCCUUGUUUAAGGCAGAGUCUCUCAUUGUCCAUUGAUACAUAGGCCAGGCUAGCUUCUGGGAAUUCUCCCAUCUCUGCCUCCCACCUUCCCACUAGGAGAAUAGGGAUUACAGGCAUGGACUACCAGAUCAAACUUUAUAAGAUUCCUGUGGUUCUGAACUCAGGUCAUCAGACUUUCACAUGAAGUCCUUUAUCCACGAAGCAAUCUCUGCCAUACUUUUUUUUUUAAACCCAACAUGUAAUCUUAUCAUACAUUUUAAAGUGUAGAAUUAUAGUUGUAUUAGGCACACUUACACUGCCAUGAAACCAAUCUACAAACAUUUUGCAUCUUGCAAAACAAAUGCUAUAUCCAUUGAAUAAUUCCCAAUUUCUCCUGCCCCUAGACUGUGGGCAUCAGUAUUCCACCUUCUGCCACUGUGGAUCUGACUCCUCUGGAGAUUUUCUGUAAAUGCAAUCAGCAUAUUCCUCUAGUGACUGGCUUGUUUCACUUAAUGUAAUGUCAGUAUCCAUCCACAUUGCAAGAUGACAGGAUUUCCUUUUUAAGGUUUAGUAAUAUUCUGAUGUAUGCAAAACACCCUACUGUUUUUAUCCAUUCAUUGGAGACAGACAUGGGUUACUGGUACCUGUUGAUGCUUAUGCAAAUAUCUCUUGGAGACCCUGCAUAGAGUCCUUUUAAUAAAUGACCAUUAAUAAAUUUGCUCA